AUGCCCGUUCAACGAACAAUGUUCGGCCAGCCUCUUGCGCUGCGUCUGCCUCCACGCCGCUUCCAGUUGCUCUUUGUUUUUCUUCUCCUUUUCAUAGCCACCAUAUACGCCUUUGGAGCGCCUUCGCCCGCCAGCAUACCCACUUACGAACAAGUAAAAGGCGCCGUCAAAGACCCCCAUCUGCCUGAUCUGUCAGACAUAAAGGACCACAUUCCAAAGAUCCCCACCCAGCUGCCGGACCUACCCAAGCUAGAUGUCUUCAGCCCGCCUGCUCAUACACCCCCAGAGCAAGCCAACAGCACCGCGUCCAGCUCCUAUGGCGCCAUCAAGUGGCUCACCGACUUCAAGUGGCGCAAUCCCUUCUCGAACAAGAUUACCCUCGACGAAAACCGCGCCGUGCUUCCACCGCUUGCGAACCGUCCGCCGAUAUACACAUACUACGAGCCAAAACCGAAGCAAGAUAAGAAGGUCACAGAGGCGGAAAACAGGCUGAUCUUGGCAUGGCGCAGGGCCUGGUGGGCGCAGGGCUUCCAGCCCACUGUGCUGUCUCACAAAGACGCUAUGGGACCGCAAUUCGAGAUGGUGCAGCGCAUGAAGCUGGAAUCGAGCGUGGAGCUGGACAUCUUUCGAUGGCUUGCCUGGGGAAACAUGGGCGGGGGUAUACUCGCUGAUUGGUUGACACUUCCAAUGGCGCAGUACGACAACUCCAUGAUCAGCUUCCUAAGACGCGCUGAGUAUCCCAAGCUGUCAAGGGUCGAGUCCCUACAGAAUGGCAUAUUCUUUGGCGAGUCCACCCUCGUGAAGGAUGCGAUCAACGAGGCCAUCAACAAUAAAAUCCUCCAGGACGUCCCGGCGAACAAGGACAACAUUGCGAAGCUGGCCCUGCAAGAUGGAGGCAUUGUGGUCAAUUUACUUUCAGCAGACAUUGCGAUUGACAAGAAGGCCAAUGGUUUGGCGUACUACAACAUGGAUGUGGUCAAACUCACAAACACUACUCAGGUUCAAGGCCUCGACCUUCUCGCCGAUCUAAUCAACUCACACUUGCACUUGACCUUCCAGGAAACACACCCCGAUGGCAUUGCUAUCGUCAAACCACUACCGGAGCACACCACUGCCCUGACGUACAAUGCUAUUGAGAUCGGGCGUAACCUCACGCAGUGUCCAAGCUCCCCAAUGCCCAAAUCUUGCCCGCCAAACCGUCAGAAAUGCAAGCCUUGCGAUCCGAACAAGCCCUUCCCUUUCAAGCUUGUCCCUACCUUUAUGAACGCCACGAAACAAUACUCCAUCGGCACUGUACCCCACCCAUAUACCCUAACCACUCUCCACUAUAUGCGUGAAGACAUCGACGCCAACUUCCUACGCAAAGAAACAGGCCGCAACCCCUGGCUUACAGCCUUGACCAAGGAGCUCCUCGGCCCAGACCACAGUGAACUCUACCGCGUCCUCUUCUUCAAAGAAGAAGUCGCUGCCCUCCGCAAAGCCUCGCACUCCCUCUGGCUAACCGCCGAGCGCACUACACAGGCAGACCUCGAAUGGAUCUUUGGCUUUAACCUUCCGCAGUCCGCAUCCUUCAAAGAGCCAAACUCCCCUUCAAAGGACUCCGAACUCAUCAUAUUCCCACGACCCGGGGAGCCGAAAGCCAUUGAGGGUGUCCAAAUUCAGGAAGAAAGAUGGAUCAGGAAUGAAGAGCACAGAUUAAAGAAAGCGCGGGAGGCACUUUCCAAGUCACGCAAAGCGAAAGAGGAGGAUCCCGUACACCUCAAAGUGAAGGAAGUAGAGGACUGGAAUCUAGCUGAUACGGAGGCGUGGCGAUUCGCGCGGGCUUUCUCUGCGCGGAGGCGAAACGAGAGGAAAGACUGGGAGGAGAAGGAGAAAAAUUACUCGGGUUCGGAGAGAAAGGCGGGCGUCAAAAGUAGGGGUGGAGGAAGGUGGAGUGACAGAUUCAGGUAA